CGAAGAGCUGAAAGACCGGCAAGGUUAACCGUCCUUGCAAAAUUCGGAAGGGACCGACCACGAUCAUGUUCCUUAGGAUCAUGAUGUAGUUUAACUAAAUUGAUGGAUACACGUUGUCGUGGUAUAUGUUCAAGGAACAACUUGAGUCCAGCUCCAAUUGAACAGGAUAUUUAUGUAGUCGAUAUUUCCUAUGUUAUGGAGCGGAUGACAUUUAAACUGGAGAUGGUGUAAGUAGCGGAAUUUGGAAUGGACAUUUAUUGGUUUUAGACGAUUGAAAUGGAGACUAAAGAAGAAGAUGGUGGUUGUCAAGAGGAGUGGCCAACAUCACCAAUGCGGGCAUUGGAGGAUGCAGUGAGAGUUGCAGGGGAGGCAUUGCAGGGUGUUUACUCUUGCAAAUUAAGUCUACCGCCUCUGAGUCCAGGAGGGCUGGUGCAUAGACGCACUCGUAGUGAAAUAUUAACUUCAUUUCAGAAGCGAAGCAACAGUUUCCAGAGGUUGAAGUCUCAUAUGCAAAGAGCUCUGCGAUGGGGAAGCAAUUCGGGUGAGCAAAGCCUUUCUCCACCGUUCAACCCUGAGAUUUUGGCUAAUCAGAAACGACAAUGGUGUCAGGUCAAAUCGAAAAGCUUGGAUUAUAAGAGAUAUAAGGAGCCAACUUCACUUUUUGAACACUUUAUUAUUGCGGGUCUUCAUCCAGAUACUAAUCUUGAAGUUGUUGAGGAUGCAUUUUCCAAAAGGAGGAAAUGGGAGUUAGAAAUGGAAAAAUCUGAUAUUCUUGAUUUUAGAAUGAUGCAGAACAGGGGACCACCAGUUCCUACGUUGGAGCCUCAGAUAAUUUACGCUUACCCUCCUGGAAAGGGAUUACCUUUGCGCUCUAAAGAAUUGGCUGCUUUCUGCUUCCCAAGUGGCGUGAAGGCACAUCUACUCAAGAGAACCCCAUCUUUCACUGAUCUCAAUAAACUUGUCUAUGGACAGGAGCACUUAAGCAGAGAUGACUUGUCGUUUAUAUUCUCGCUCAAAGUGGCUGACAAUGCAACACUCUAUGGUGUUUGCUUACAUGUCCAAGAAGUUGUUCAAAGAGCACCUGCUAUAUGUGGUGGUCUAUCGCCCCUUUCCCAAUCAUCUGUAGGUUGUAGUCGAUUUUUGGUUGCUGCACCUCGCUGUUAUUGUCUUCUAACUAGAGUUCCAUUCUUUGAGCUACAUUAUGAGAUGUUAAACAGUGUCAUUGCGCAGGGGCGUUUAAAUCGAAUUACUCGUUUUGUUACUGAAUUAUCUCUUGCUGAUUAUGCACCUUCAGCAUCAAAAUCCCCUUAUGUGAAUGAAAAUAGUGAGUCUCCUCAUUAUGUGACUGCUGGAGAUUGGACAGCAACUGCAAUACCCGUUGACCAUGCAGUUGCUCUCACUGCUGCUGCAGCUGGGAUUAUAUCAGAUGAUGAGAUACCUUCAUCAUCAUCAAGGUGGGAAAGUUUUUCUACUGAAAGUGUUGCUGCUAGUGAUGCAUCCGAUCAUAGUCAAGCAAAGGAGUUGGACAAAGAUGGUGGAAAAAGUUUGGAGCGUUUUGAUGUUGAUGGCUCUGAGGGCUCUGAUAACCACCUUGAUUUUGAGGAGAGGACCCAUAUGGUUUAUGAAAAUAGCCCAACUUCAGACGUUGGGACUUGUAAUGGAACAAGGAACCGAAAUGUGGAGCAUCUAGAAAGUCCUGAGUCUUCAUUCAGUUCAGGGAGAAGCAUAGCAUCAGACGAUGAUAGUGACAUUCUUUUUAGCAAUGACACAUCUCUUGGAGAGGAGAUGACACCAGAAUGGACUAAGGGAAACAAGAAUGAUUUGUUACAGAUAGUCUGUAAUUACCAUUGUAGGCCUCUUCCACCCCGAGGAAGUGAAAUGGUUUUUCAACCACUUGAGCACCUACAGGCGAUUCAGUAUAGGAGACCUCCUGUUUCAUCACUUGGAAUUAAUGAUGAGCUUUUGGAUCUACAAAUGCAUGAUAUAAAGGAAGGUGUUGAUGUCAAUUUAAAAUUAGAUGCUGCUGAGGAAGCUGGUGCUUUAUCAAUAUGGACAACUGCAACUAUUUGCCGAAUUCUUUCCCUAGAAAAUAUUUUGGCUCUAAUUACUGCAGUGCUACUGGAGAAACAAGUUGUGGUGGUCUGCCCCAAUUUGGGUAUUCUUUCUGCUGUAGUGCUGUCACUCAUUCCCAUCAUUCGUCCUUUUCAAUGGCAAAGUUUAUUCCUUCCAAUCCUACCAGACAAGAUGCUUGACUUUCUGGAUGCACCUGUUCCUUUCAUUGUUGGUGUCCAACAUAAACCGGUCAAUUUGAAGACAAGAACUUCGAGUCUUGUGCAUGUUAAUGUGGUUAAAGAUCAGGUUAAAAUGUGUAACUUGCCUGUUCUUCCUCGACAUAAGGAGCUUAUUUCUAAACUUGAGCCAGUUCAUGCUAGAUUGUCUGGUGAAGAUUCUAUAGCUCAAAGACAUCCAGUUUACAAGUGUAAUGAAGUGCAGGCUGAAGUUGCAGCACAGUUUUUAGCAGUCAUGAGACACUACUUAGAGUCUCUCUGCUCAGAUUUGAGGUCCUAUUCAAUAACUAAUGUACAAUCAAACAAUGACAGGGUUUCAAUUCUUCUGAAAGAUAGUUUUAUUGAUUCCUUUCAAAGUUGUGACCGACCAUUUAUUAAGCAAUUUGUAGAUACACAACUGUUCUCUGUUUUGUCGGACUCCCGCUUGUGAAGCUAUGAGAAUGAGCACCAUGAAGUGUGUUACCAGCACUCUACAAUAGUUUCAGAAGCAAGGAUACUGAUGAGUUGUCACAGCUCUUCAAGGAUCAUUAUGGCCCUCGACAUACUUGAAAAUCCUUAUUUCUAUUAUUGCUUUUGGCGGUUAUACGAUGAGUUUAGCACCAUCAUUCGAUAUACACCAUUCAGUAGAUGAAAGUAGUUCUAUAAUUGUCAGUAAUUCAAAGUGCACGAGACAUAAGAGGGAGUAAGUGAGAAACGGUGGGAGAAAGUAACUGGAUAAAAGGAUCAAAGAAGGAAAACACCCAGUCAAGAAAAUUUUCUGCAUGCCAUAUUUUCAACGAGGUAACUGAACUUUCGCUAGGAGCUUUGGAGUGGCAUCAGAUGGCAAAAAGAUGCAGGCAUACAACAUCAAUGUAUGUGUCUUGAUUGAGGUGUACU